AUGGCUGAACUUUCAUUCAAUACGGAACGCCAUGUGAAAUAUUACCUCCGCUGCCUCAAGACCUUCCUCCCCGGAGCUUACACUUCGAAUGACUCCAAUCGCAUGCUCCUUGCCUUUUUUAUAAUUUCCGGAUUGGACAUUCUCGGGGCCUUGGAAAACAAGACCACCGCGGAGGAGCGACAGGUAUACAUCGACUGGCUUUACCGAUGCCAGGUGCCCACCGGUGGAUUUCGUGGGUUUUCCGGCACAGAUUUCGGCGAAGAAAGACGCAAUGCGGAUAAUGAGGCGUGGGAUCCGGCCAAUGUGCCGGCGACAUUCUUUGCACUGGUCAACUUGCUGAUUUUGGGCGAUGAUUUGUCGGCUGUGAAGCGGAGGGAGCGUUUACAAUGGCUUCCAAAACUACAGCGAGUCGAUGGAAGCUUUGGGGAACUCCUCGGCCCUGGAGAAAGGAUAGAAGGAGAUCGCGACCUCAGAUACUGCUGCUGUGCGGCAGGUAUACGGUAUUUGUUGCGGGGCAAACAUGGGAAGGAUGUAGAAGACGUCAAGGACAUUGAUGUGCCGAAAUUGGUUUCAUUUAUCGAGGCUUGUCAGGCGUACGAUGGAGGGAUGGCUGAAUCUCCCUUUCGUGAACCGCAUACGGACACUGCAUCCUUUCAGUUGCUCUCACCGGGGUCGGAGGAGUUCGAGACGUUGGUUGCGUGGCUGGCGUCACGGCAGACUGGCGAGAUCGACUCGGACGAUGAAGAAGAAGAGGAUGAGGAAGAGGACGAGGACAGCGGCGCAGAAGGGCCGAGUUUACAAGAAGACGGCGGCUCUAUAGAGCAGAAGAUCCUCUCGCUACCAAACCUCACUCCAUUAACUCCAGACUCAAUACCGUGCGCAGGGUUCAACGGACGAUGUAACAAGGUGGCAGACACGUGCUAUUCCUUCUGGAACGGGGCAACACUCAUGAUUCUCGACCGGUAUUCGGUAGUUGACGAUGUGCGCAAUCGGCGAUAUCUGCUCGAGAAGGUGCAGCAUCUCGUGGGUGGCUUUGGCAAAGCGGCGGGUGAUCCUCCAGAUCUCUUGCACUCCUUUUUUGGCAUGGUAUCGCUCGCCUUUCAAGGUGAGGCGAGCCUUGGCUGUGUUGAUCCGGCGCUGGUGACUACUGAACGGGUCACCCGGCACCUGGCGGCGCUGCCAUGGCAUGAACAGGCGCCGAGUGCAGAAGCUUGGAAGGAAGUCCACCUGUAG